AAAUAGAUAAUUAAAAAUCGGGCUGUCAAAAAUGUUGUGAAUUUCUAUUAUACGUUUUAUAAUAAAAAUAAAUAGUUACUGUUUGAAAUAAUAUACCUACCUACAAUGGGAUAAAACGGUUAAAAUGUUACUGUUGCGUCAUUAGACACACCAUCAUACCAUGGACCAAAAGAUUAACAACCCGAAUUAUACACUUGCUCAAACACUGCAUGAAUUUACAGUGAUAGACUUAAAGGGUAACCUUGUUAAAUUAGAUAAAUAUAAAGGAAAUGUCUGCAUAUACGUUAACACUGCCACGAAUUCACCAUUCACUGACAUGCACUACAAGCAAUUCAACGCUUUAAUGGAUAAGUUUGCGGAUGAAAAAGGACUAAGAAUAUUGGCCUUCCCUUGUAAUCAGUUCGGCAUGGAGCCUGGUACACCGGAAUCCAUAGCCGCCCACGCCGAGAAGCAUAACGUCAAAUUCGAUAUAUUCGCUAAAAUUGAUGUUAAUGGCGAAACAGCAUGUGAUGUAUGGAAAUUUAUCAAGGCACGGGUACCUGGUGGUGCUCAUGGCAACAUGAUUAAAAAUAAUUACACAAAAUUUAUUGUGAGUAAACAGGGUAUACCCGUACAACGAUAUGGGCCAGAAGUGGAACCAGGAGAAUUUGAACCAUUCCUGAACCCCUAUUGGUAAACGAGAACUGAAAAUAUUCAACUCACUUUUACCUUGUGCCUACCUACAGUUUAUGAUGGAUAUCAAUUCCGACAAGUUGACACGGCUACUAGCCUUACUAUUAAAGAGAAAAUACCAACGACGUGGAAGACAACAUUUUUUGCAACGUCGUACUUCUCAAAUCGCCACUUCUGUUAACGGAGCAAGUCUAAAUCAUGUUUUGGAAUCGACGAAUCGACGGCAAUGCACAACUUUAUUACCACCUACUCAAAUCGAUAGCUCUCCAAAUAUAAAUCAACGUCGCAAACGUAAACAGUCACGUUUUUAGGAAUUACAUUUUAAGGAAAGUGUUGUGCCAGUGACAUUUUUUUAAAUACACAGAAGCUUGUUGAUACCGAAUUAAUUUAAAAUUAAAGA